AUGGUCUUGAACUCUAUAACGGAAGUAUUUAGAGGAACAUCGGAUUCGGAUUUACAAGAAUGGAGUGCGGCCUUUUUGGAUGUCAAACCUCAAGUCAUCUUACACGAUCGUUUGAUGACGGAUGCUGCAUUGGGCACUGUACCAAUAAAAACGGAACAUUCCUACAGUUUAAAUUCAGAUGGAGAUUCGAGUCCGGAUUCUCCGAUAAGUUUAGAUCGAAUCGACGACAUGGACGAAGAAUGUUUUCCCGCGAUAUCAUUAAACACAGCCACGGGACGAUGUCAGAGUAAAGAUGGUAAAAUAACACCAGUUUCGAUAAAGGACGAACCACUUAGUUGUCCCGCAAGUCCAGAAUCGUGUCCAAUGUCACCGGAUUCGUCAGAUUCUUACGUUCAAAGGGUAAGUGAUCCCCCUCCCCCUUUUUUUUUAUUAACCCCCCCCUUUAAUAAAAUAAAAAAAAAAUUUCUUAUUGUACAGACGAGAAAACCCAUGUUAAAACCUUGCGGUCAAAGCGUUCUCAAACAACCGGCAUUGCUGUUGCCGAGAGGAGUUUAUUCAAAGUUAAAUAUUAAAUUAGAACCUGGCACAGGUUUUACAUUACCUCCGACUCCACCUUCAUCGACCACCAGUGACAGCGAGAGUAUUCCUUCUGAAUCGACAGAAUUGAGAAGAAAUUCAAGAGUGUACCUGUCAUCCUCAUCCCGACAACCAAUACACACUCCACUCAUCAGUAGUCAGCCUAAAGGAUCAACCGGGAUAUUAAUGUUAACGGAAGAAGAAAAAAGAACUUUAAUGGCCGAGGGUUAUCCAGUACCUACUCGUCUUCCACUAACAAAACAAGAAGAAAAAUCACUUAAAAAAAUCAGGAGAAAAAUUAAAAAUAAGAUCUCAGCACAAGAAAGCAGAAGGAAAAAAAAAGAAUACAUGGACACGCUUGAAAGAAAAGUUGAAACACUUCAGUCUGAAAACGCUCAAUAUAAAAAAAAAUUAGACACUUUAGAAGAUGACAAUGCCUCACUUUUGUCUCAACUUCAAAAAUUACAAGCGACUUUAGCUAGGAGGGGUGGUUGUGGUGGUGGUAGCGGCGGCGUUGGAGAAUCAUCUUUUAUCACGGUAAUUUAUUAUCAUUAA